GCCCUUGGUUGAAGAAACCAUAAAUUCUGUUGGGUUGGAGUCCCUUGAGUCGGUAUACUCAUAAAGAACCAAUUUGGGUUGGAGUCCCUUGAGUCGGUAUACUCAUAAAGAACCAAUUUAAGUUGGAGUCCCUUGAGUCGGUAUACUCAUAAAGAACCAAUUUAGGUUGGAGUCCCUUGAGUCGGUAAACUCAUAAAGUACCAUUGAGAUUGUGUGCGUUGUGGUAAUCGCGUCUGGGACGAAAAAGGCCAGGGUAAAAUAAAUCCUUUUGAGUCGGCGAACUCAUAAAGGAAUAUUCCAAAAUUGUCUGUUAUAUGUUUGAAUGUUGUGCAAAGUGAUGUGAAAACUGAUUUAACCGUGUGAAAAUAGAUACUGUAUAAUUUUUGCAAACUGUGAAUAGAAUUUGUGUGUAAAAUGGCUGAAUUUCAGAAAGAAUGUGAUGAAUACGGAUGUCCACCAGUGUUGCUGCAGUGGCAAAAGGUUACAGAUAUGCUGUUGGCACAGACAGAACCAAAAGAUAAGAAACAGAGACAGAAAGAAAUAAACAAAUGCUGGGUAGCAUUAUGUGAUGAUUUUGGAUGGGAAAAUGCAGAAGAAGUGAGAAUGCUUCUAGCACCGAAAGUUAGAGAAAUGGAAAAGAAAGCACAUAGUAAGUUACGGAGACAUAUUGAAGAGAAAGAUAAGGUUAAGUGGUAUAAUGCAGGAAGGCAUGGUAGCGAGGAAGAUAAUCUAAAAAAGAAAUUAAGGAUGUGGACUAGAGUAGCUUUAACAACCACAGCACUCAGCUCGCAGAAGAAAGGGGAAGUGAACAGCUCAGCAGCCAGAGAGAGAAAGAAAGAGAAUACAGAAGCGCUCAGAUUAACCCAUCAGCUCCGCCUCCUGAGAAAACCCGUCCCCAUUCAUUAUACCCAGAUUUAAGCCAUCCUCCUCCGUAUAAACCAACCCAACAGCAAGUGGUAGUGGAAAUAGCUAGUGGAGAAGUAGAUGUUGAUUUAGGAGGAAUGACAGAUGCAAUAGAACAAUUAAAUUAUGAAGUCAGGGAAAUAAAGGCAGUAAUAAGGAAGGGCAAAGAUGGCCACGAAUACCAGCAACAACCCAAACCGAGACAAAAGGUACCGCAAAGUAUACAAACAUUAGAGGAAGUGGAGGAAGAAGUGAGUAAGGGGGAAUUAGGAGGAGGUUUAAUACAAUUACCAACUACUUCACCACGUAUAACAUUAACAAGAUCACCACCGUCUACACCUCAACCCAUAAUACUGCCUCCUACCCCAGGUAAUUACGCACCAUACCCAGAAGCAGGGAAUGAAAGGGAAAUACCCAUAAAAGUCCAGAUUACUGGAGACAUGACUGUAGGGGAGCCAAUAGCAAAAAGAACAAGAAGCUUGGUUCAACAUGGCCAGGGAGAAGAAGACUUUUUUAGGUACGUCCCACAGCACCAAUUGUUUAUGCCCCAAAUCCAGGCACCCCUAGUGACAAGAGCAGGUGGAAAUCGCCUAUAUCAACCCUGGUCACACAGUGACAUGACAGCUAUAGCAAGCAAACUGCCACCAAUUACUUCAGGGGGCAGCAGAUGGCUGAGUAAACUAACAGCCCUCAGUCAUGGUACUGAUUUGGCUUUGGGUGAUCUGAGAUGCCUGUUAGGACAGAUACUGACAGCCUCUCAAAUGCAAAAUUUGGAAUUGGAUGCACAGACUACGACUAGGCCAAACGAGACACAAUUUGUCAGAGUAAGCACCGACAUAGGAAGCACCCUGAGGAGGUUGUACCCGGUACCACCAACUGUGUACCAAAAUAUUAAAUUCCGCAUUAAGCCAGGUGAGACUGGAGCGGCUUAUUAUUUCCGUUGUGUUGCUGAGUGGGAACAAAUGGUGGAGGAAAACAGUUUAAACAACCCUGUGACACGAGACAUAUUUAGAGCAGCAGUAAUGACAGGAGCUCCAAAUGGAGUAAAACAAGCAAUGGAGAAUAACCCAGAUAUCCCAGUGGCAAGUAACGAGGUAUGGGAAAGACAUUUAGUGCACCACACAGACAGAGCAGUGGAAAGAGCCAAUAAAGAGGAAGAGGAACUAGAAAGAGUUAAAACCCAGUUGUUAAAAUUGCAAUUAGAAAAAGCCAAAAGUGAGGGCACAACCAAAAAAGGCCAAGCAAAUGCCACAACACACUCCCAAUGCACCCCAACCCAUAGACCCAUAUCAAGGACCCCCUUACAGUGGUUCUCCUUUUGGAGGACCGACACACCACCAUCCAUAUAGCAACCCACAUUUUGCCCAAGGAACAAACCGUAGGCAGGGAUCCCCCUGGAGGGGAAAUGGACGUAGACAGGGAGGGCAAGGGAGAGGGGGGCAGAGCGGGACGCAGUGCUAUGGUUGUGGAAGAUAGGGACAUUGGUUUAG